UCUGACUUCCCCACUCUGGCUGCAGUCUUCCUCCUCAGCCCUAGAAAUCUGUGGGCCCUAACCUUAAUUUUUUUUUAAAGAUCUAUCUAUUUAUUUAUUUAAAAGGCAGAGCUAGAGAAAGAGAACUUCCUUCUACUGGCUCACUCCCCAAAUGCCUGGAACAGCCAGGGCAGGGCCAGGAGCCUGGAACUCCAUAGAGGUCUCCCACAUGGAAGACUUGAUGCUUCCUCCCAGGAGCAUUAGCAGGGAGCUGGAUCACAAGCAGAGUAGCCAGGACUAGCUGAGCAUUCCCAUAUAGGAUGCUGGUGCCGCCAGGGCAGCUUAGCCCCCUGCACCACCACGCUGUUCCCUCUCCCUCCGGAUGGAAAUCCUAGCUGGAUCCGGAUCCCUCCACCAGAAGUUUCCUUGGAGGAAACAUCUGUAUGGAUUAUUUCAUUGCAACCCCACGAUGCUUGGACUUGAAGCACUUCCAGAUCCCAUGGACACCUGGGAGAUUAUAGAGACCAUCGGUAAAGGCACCUAUGGCAAAGUCUACAAGGUCACAAACAAGAAAGAUGGGAGUCUGGCUGCAGUGAAAAUUCUGGAUCCGAUCAGUGACAUGGAUGAAGAAAUUGAGGCAGAAUACAACAUUCUGCAGUUUCUUCCUAAUCAUCCCAAUGUGGUGAAGUUUUAUGGGAUGUUCUACAAAGCGGAUCACUGUGUGGGAGGACAGCUCUGGCUGGUCCUGGAGCUGUGUAAUGGGGGCUCCGUCACUGAGCUCGUCAAAGGCCUGCUCAGGUGCGGCCAGCGGUUGGACGAAGCAUUGAUCUCCUACAUCUUGUACGGGGCCCUCUUGGGCCUCCAGCACCUGCACAACAACCGGAUCAUCCACCGUGACGUGAAGGGGAAUAACAUUCUUCUGACAACAGAAGGAGGAGUUAAGCUCGUUGACUUUGGCGUCUCAGCUCAACUCACCAGCACACGUCUGCGGAGAAACACGUCUGUUGGUACCCCAUUCUGGAUGGCCCCUGAGGUCAUUGCUUGUGAGCAGCAGUAUGAUUCCUCCUAUGACGCGCGCUGUGACGUCUGGUCCUUGGGGAUCACAGCCAUUGAACUGGGUGACGGAGACCCUCCCCUCUUCGACAUGCAUCCUGUGAAAACACUGUUUAAGAUUCCAAGAUGUGAACAGCCACCACCCACUAUUCCAAAAUAAAACGACUCCCACUCGAGCCUGGGUUAGUCUUUUUGCCUGCUCCACACACCAGAACAGAUCAUGGUGAUUAGAGGAGCAGAUGAAGCUCCUGGCCUUUUCAAUUAAUUGUCUGGUGAGUAUGCCAAAGGACGGAAGAUUGCAGGCGCCAAGUUGUGUACAGUAUUAUGCCAGGAACUGAGAGAUGGUGUCUGGAUUGAUUUGUGCACUUUGAUUUUUUUUUUUAAACACAUGGUUUAUUUCCUCACCAGUUAUUUACUGUGGCAACAUAACUUCCCAAAUACUAGGCUUAAGGUGUAGCUCCUCAUUUGUAAGAUGGAUGCAGAUUUGGUAGGAGAUACAUAUAUAUUUUUCUUUUUUUUAUUAUGUGGCUGUGCACAGAGCAACCAGUCCAAAAUUUUGCAAGGUAGUAAAUGUGAGACAGCCAGGAAGCAGUGUGUGUGUGUGUGUGUGUGUGUGUGUGUUUAAAUAGACCUUUCAUCUUCAAUGACUGUACUGAGCCUGCGUGUGUGCUCAGCCAAGCGUCUGAUCUCUGAUCAUCUCCCUACUCCCACUCCACUUGCCUCUUCCGGGCACAAAUAACUUAGCCUUCAUUGCCUGCCUCGGGACAGAGUGAAUCCCACAACCAGGGCAGUUGGGAGAAAAUGAUCCUUAUCCUAUCUUUCAUAGCUUUAUUUCUCCCCUCCAAGUGUGACCUGUUCCUUGCCUGGCUCUGCUUCCUAUGCAAGUGUUGGGUCAGGUGGUGGGUACUAGGGAUGUCAGCCGGAGCCACUGGGCAGAUUCCCGGAGAGAUCGUGUGUGCUCCCCACUUCCCAUUGUCACAGCCUUAGCAGGCAGGCUCCACAUUCCUGGACACAAAGGGUAGAGGUUUCACAAGCACAUUCACAUAUACUGUAUAGCACUUUUCUUCCUAAAGCCAGGGAAAGCAUGUUGGUUUUAGUUUGACCAAGUAAUUUAUUUAAAAAUUACUCCAUCAGUUAGAAUUGCAGAGUUCUCUUAGAGGGGCUGUGGAUUGACCGUGUGUGCAUGUGUAUACUAUAAUUAUGCUAAAAAUGUAUCCUCUCAGAAGAGCUCUUAGAUGAGGAAUGGAGAAAUUCAGCAUUUACAUAUAUUUAAAAGGCACCCCAGGUAUUUGCCUGUGUGUUUCAUGGGGUUUACUUUCUCUCUUUUUCUCCACCCUGCCUUCCUAAGGAGAAAAGUGAAUGGAAAAUAGUGAUUUAAAAAAGAAAUUCAAACCUUUUGAAGCUGUUUGGCUUUAGAAUUUUUUUUUUUUCCUUUCUAUUUACACUGAGUAUUUUAGGUGUUCUAGAAUUCUCUUCCAUUAAACAAGGAAGUCCGGUUCAGGGUGCUCCGGGAUCCCAGCUACUGCGUAUGCUUCCUCCUCGGGCCUUCCUCACUUGACUCUUCCCUGCUGCUCUUUUGUACGAGGGGUGUGUGUGUGUGUGUGUGUGUGCUUUAUGGAAAUCCUAAGGGAAGGACAGGCAGCCUCGACUGAGCCCCUGAAGAAGCGACUUUCAGGACUUGCAGAGGACUUAGGAGUUAAUGCAGAGCUGGUCACCUAGGAGGCGAGGGCCUCAGAUGUCACAAAGCUGGAGUCACCCAGUUCCCUGGGCACUGUCAGAGAACGGCAAGCGAGACCUGCCCGGAUGUGGUUGAUUGGCCGGUACACAGAUCUCCCGGCUCUUCCCGUUUCUGCCUUCUUUCUCUUGACCUUCACGUUGGAAGACAGGUCACUCAAAGAAAUCGUGACCUGUCUUCUAAACACUGUGUGACUCAAAACCUUUCCUACGUUGCAAACACAGAGAAAUUAUCUGCUGAUUGGCAGAGCGUCCGCUGUUUGCUGAACCUGUCAGCCUGUGUCAUCUUGUCUAAUGCCUUUGCUCCAGAAAAGUCACCCCUCUCUGAGUGUCGCUGCUCUGUCUCUGCUGUCUUCCUCCAGGAGUUAGAGGAAGAGAACAGAGACCAUUUCUCUGAACAUCAGUGGAUUUGACGCCCUCGCUACUCUUUCCUGAGGACUCCUUUAAAAUACCAAAGACUUAGAAGGAUCUUACGUGCAUUUUUUUUUCCCUUACAAGGGGAUCUGUUUCACAAAUGCAGUAAUUGCAAGAACCAAUAGUUAGGAGAAAUAAAUAAUUAUGUCAGUUUCUUGGCAAGGGGGUGUUUUCCCCUGGCUUAGAGUCUUCGCUUAGUGACCCCUUUGACCUCUCUCAAGAAGUCAGAGAGAACCAGUGUGGGUGUGUUUACCGGACAAACACUGAGAGCUGUGUGGCCUGCCCAUGUAUCUGGGGCCAGGUUGCAGCCAACCUGUCUGGUGUCUCAUCAUGCAGUGAAUACUUCCGCUUGAUUCCUUGUGAGAGUGCUGGGAAUUUUCAAGAUUGCCAGCAGAAGUGUCCUUGGCUGGAAAUGGAUGGGACAGACUGGCCUGAGCGUUCCAGUCCCUAAAAGCGGAUGAUUAGCUCUUCCUAAAGAGAGCUUUCCCUGCGGUACACAAUUGAAGAAAAGAACUCGUGAUCAUCACAGAUUGAGUUUGUGGCUUGUUGCCCUCACUAAAUCUAGGUUAUUCCAAAGUCGUCAGUAGCCACCCGUAUUAAUUUUCUAGGGCUGACACCACAAAUUACCAUGAACUUGGUGACUUAAAACAACUGAAAUUCAUUUUCUCACAGUUCUUGAGGACAGAAGUUCAAAAUCAAUGGAUUAACAGGACCAUGCUCCCCUCAGGUUCUCUAGGGAAGCCGCCUUCCUCACCUCUGCCCUCUCCUGGUAGGCUCUGGUGUCCUUGGUUUGUGGCAAUGUGGCUCCAUUGUCUGGCUCCACUUUCACUGGGCUUUCUUCCCUCUGCUUCCAGUCUUUUCUGCCUCAGACAUUGGAUUUAGGGCCCAUCCAAAUCCAGGAUGAGUUCAACUCCAGAUCCUUGCCUUAAUUACAUUGGCAAAGGCCCUUAUUCCAAAUGAGGUCACAUUCUCAGAUUCUGAGUAUACGUAUCUUCUAUUUUUUUUUUAAGAUUUAUUUAUUUUAUUUGAAAGGCAGAGAUACAGAGAGGAAGAGGCAAAGAGAGAGAGAGGUCUUCCAUCUACUGGUUCACUCCCAAAUGGCAACAAUGGCCGUAGCUGAGCCGAUCUGAAGGCAGGAGCCAGGAACUUCUUCUGGGUGUCCCACGUGCAGGCAGGGGCCCAAGGACUUGGGCCAUCUUCCACUGCUAUCCCAGGCCAUAGCAGAGAACUGGAUCAGAAGUAGAGUAGCUGGGACUUGAACCAGUGCCCAUAUGGGAUGCCAGCACUGCAGGUGGUAGCUUUACUGCUAUGCUGCAGUGCUGGCUCCUGAGUAUACAUAUCUUUUGGGACUCACAAUUCAAUUCAUGAUACCAACCUACUUUCAUGUUUAAGAGAUCCUACAAGAAACUAAUCUGAGGACAAAACACAGAACUAACUAAAUCAUGAUGGAAAAAAUAAUACGAGCUUAGAUUUCUCUCUUCCUUUAAAAUAAGUAAAUGUAAAAUAGAGUUGAGAUCUAUCAACUGCCAUUGUGUUUUUUGCAGCCAUUAAUACAUUUAAUCCCCACAGUGACUCUGAGAAAUGGGUACUCUGUCAGCACACUUGUUUCCAGAUGAGAAAGCUGGAAGUCCAAGGAGGUUAUGCAGCUUGCCCUAAGCAUGCAUCUAGGGAAAAAUAAUUGAUUUAAAUUUGAGAUGCCUGACUCCAAAACCAUGCAUUGUGCUGCUGCAUUGAAAAGUCAAAGUCCUUUCUUAAAUUAUUGGUUGGUGAAUUAUGUGCUGAGCACCAACGGGAUGGGACUAUAUCAACACGAACAGGAUGGCGUCCUGGCCUUUGAGAAGCUUACAACCCAGCAUUCUUCCCCCCUGCUCCUAAUUUUAAACUGACAUUGUCAACCUGACAGAAUUUUAUUAGUGUUAAUGACUGUGUCAGUCAAAGAACUGAAGAACAGAAACCAAAAAUGUCAUCAUAUGUGAACAUAGGAUGUCUUUGGCUCAUUGAUUGAUGACUCCAAACCCAGAAAUCCCUCCUUUCUCCAACCUCCCUUUCAAGCAAUUGCUUUUUGAUUCAUAAUUUGGAACACUGAAGACAAAUGUUUGAACAAGAGAAUGGCAGAGUAGAAAGGUCCUCGAUGUUAGCAAUAUUGGUGCCCCAUGUUUUGGAUCCAUCACACCCUCCUUGAAAACCUGCAUCCGCAGGGUCAGGGCUAUUUCUGGUACAGCCAAUAUCUCCGCUUUUGUCUUCUUAUUUUGUCAGAGGAAAAGCUCCUUCUUGGCUCUGGGGGAAAUGGAAAACAGUUUCUGGCACCUUGAAUUGGAAUGCAUUUCUCAUGGAAAUGCUAUUUUAAAUGGUUGUUUAGGAAGAGGCGAUAAUAGCUGAGGUUCUCUACUCUGGAUGCAUUAUUAGAUUUUUCUGUGGUAAAUAAAGUGUUAUAGGCUAGUCUGAGGACUUCAACUCCCUCUAGAACUUUUAGACUUGUGGAAAAGCAAGAGUUUUCCAAAUUCUAAACUGCCAAUUUCCAAAAGUGCUUUGGAACACAACCCACUAGGAGUUUGGGAAUGCUCAAGUCUUCUACUCUAGGAUAUGUUCAACUUUGUCCCUCCUAACUUGGGUUUGGGUUGGGGGCUUGAAUUGUAAAGGUGGAAUAAGACAGGGGUUUUGUUCUCAAGAAGCCCUAGUUUUAUUGCCUCUAUUUACUGGUAAACUGGGAGAAAUGGGCAGAAUUUGGAGGGCAAAAAAGAGAAGAGAUCUGACUCUGGGAAUCCAGGGUCUGGAACCUCUUGGAUUGCCUGGAUGUGGCAUGUGGAGGGGCUUGGCAUCACCUCUUGAAACAUUUCAAGUCUGUUUGAGCGUCUCCUCCAGGACUCCAUGCCUGCAAUUGACUCUUAUCCUAAAGCAGAAUGCUUGGACUGCACUUUCAUCUCAUGUAGGCGUCUCAAAAUGAAAGAUGCCUUUUGAUGCUGACUCUCUUCAUUCACAAAUCAAACCAUCCCUACAUGGGAAGCCACAGUCGCUGCCUGCUCCUCAGCCGUGACAGGAUGCAGAGGCAGCAGGCAGCCCUGAGUCACCAGUAAUUGCCUUACUAUUACAGAAUUGUCACAGGACAUUUUCCCUUCAGGCUGCGAAAUAUAAGGAAAAGAAAUUAAAACGCAACUAUUAUUGAAGUGCAGUGAGUGCAGGGUGGUGGGUGUUUAAUGGCACAGUAACGCUGGAUUUGCCCCGGGGAGCUUUGGCUUCUCUUCAGCAGCCUGGGUCACUCAGCUAUUGGCUUCUUAAGCAAUGAACCCUCGCAGUCCCUGCUUCACUCAUAAAGCAAGAGGUGCCAGGAGAAUUAGCGUCAUUUAGCACUUAUCAAGAGCCUAAUAGCAAAAAGUUUUGAAGUACUGCGGUAGGAAAACAAUGAUCUUUUAUGAGCCCUUUUCUUUCUUUGGGAGAUUUCUGAUUCCUGUUCUAAUGGCUUGAGGCCGACAGCCCUCAGCAGGCUUUGAGGGUGCCCCCAUCUCUCCCCCGACCCAGGACUUGACCCUCCACUUCUUUGGGAACCCAGUGGCUGCAGGCAGCUUGGCAGAAAUGCCCCAGAAGGCUUCCUCUCUGUGGAACAUAUUUCCAAAUUCUUUUUUAAUUUGGGACAAGCAGCUGGGGCUGUUAGUUCCUGUGGAGGUGCGCCUGGUAUGCAGGGAGAGUUGAGCUUUGCAGGUUGCAUUUGGGGAUCAGGUGGCAAAACAGGAGCGUGCCUUCGGGGACUGCGUGUGCCCACCUGUGCUGGGUAAGUAGUCCAUCCUGUGAGAAAGAAAAGACUAGAGAAGCAAGGCGUUAACUUACAGCACUGUCUGUUUUUUCUCCCUCAUUACCCUGCUUUCAUUAUUUUGGUACCACUCAUUUUGGCUAAUUCCAACUUCACUCCUAAAUGAUGGUGAGAUGAGCAAAGAGGAUAGGCAAGCAAACAGAGCUCAAAAUAGUACCCAAGAGUUGAGGCACCCCAGUUUCUGCAGACUCCAGAGGAAACUAGGCAGAAAAUGGCUUGGCAUAGUGCUUAGGCAAGGGGAAGACAGAGAAGGAGACAGAGGAGGUGGUGGUCUGGAGGAAGGUAUGUCACAGCGGGAACUGUCCCCACUAGGAGAAUCCUAGAGCAGGUGCAGCCAGCCUCAUUCGAAGGAAAAUACAGUGUGGUGGUCAGGUAUCGGUGUCUCUAUCAGUUAUCUGCUGGGAUGGACCAAACCAUCCCCAUCCUUGGUUGCUUAAAGCAAUAAUCACUUACUGUUUCUCAUGAGUCUGUGGAUUCUUUGGGUGGUUCUACUGAGCUGGCUGGGGCUGCCUGUUUAUCUGCAGUCAGCUAUGGCUGACUGGCUUACGAUAGCCUUGGUUAGGGUAGCUUAAAUCAUUCUGUGUGAUUUUUCUCAUCCUUCAUCUGGUGGCCAGGCUUGUUCUCAUGUUGGGGACAGGAUUCUGAGCAGAGAU